CAGAGACGCAAUAGUUUUCGUCAUCAUCCAAACACGUCCUUACCUGGGUAGAUUUCUCUAUAAAUAAACGCAUCACUCUUAACAAAAGAGAAACACAGAGAUAGUGAGAUUGAAAGAGAGAGAGAGAAAGGUGCCUCGAUUUACUUGCACCUAGAAUCUCUAGUUUUCUACAUCAUGGCGAAGCCUCGCAAGCCCAAGCCCGAAGACCCAAAGCCCGAAAACUCUGGCGCCGUAGUUCACCAUCAAAAGCUAUGUCUCUCUAUCGACAUGGAUAAGCGCUUAGUUUACGGGUAUACUGAAUUGGAAAUUGCGGUGCCGGAAAUUGGGAUCGUUGGGUUACAUGCGGAGAAUUUAGGGAUUGAAAGUGUGUGGGUUGAUGGUGAACCUACUGAGUUUGAGUAUUAUCCUCAUCAGUAUCAGCAGAAUGAGGAUGAAAAACGAUGGAGUUCGGUUUCUUCUCCUAGCUCUGCUGCUGAUGCUGCUGUUUCAGUGUAUUUGUCUUCUCUCGAGAAAGAACUUGUGCCAAAUUUGCUCAUUAAUUGCUUUAAACCUUCGAAGACUGAUACUGAACACAAGCAGCAGGAGCAGGAGCAACCUGUUGCUGAAAAUGGGUUUCAUUCGUCGGCCGAGCCUAAGCAGAAUGUGAGAACAGUUCGUAUUCACUAUAGCAUAGAAAAGGCAGAGACAGGAAUCCACUUCAGAGAUAAUGUUCUUCACACUGAUAAUCAGAUAAGGAGGGCAAGGUGUUGGUUCCCUUGUAUAGAUGACAAUUUACAGCAAUGCUGCUAUGACUUGGAGUUCACUGUAGCACACAAUCUCGUGGCUGUCAGUACUGGAAGCUUGUUAUACCAGGUCUUAAGCAAGGACAAUCCUCCUCGGAAAACAUAUGUCUAUAAAUUAGAUGUUCCAGUUGCUGCAAGGUGGAUAUCGUUGGCUGUUGCCCCAUUUGAAUUUCUUCCGGAUCAUGAAUUUGGCUUCAUAUCACAUAUGUGUUUGCCACCUAAUCUGACCAAAAUGCAGCAUACAGUGGAGUUCUUCCAUAGCGCCUUCAGCUGCUAUAAAGAUUAUCUUUCUGUAGACUUCCCAUUUGACUCGUAUAAGCAAGUUUUUCUAGAGCCUGAGAUGGCAGUUUCAUCAUUGAGUUUAGGAGCCUCUAUGAGUAUAUUUAGUUCUCAAGUUUUGUAUGAUGAGAAAGUUAUUGAUCAGACUAUUGAUACAAGGGUAAAACUUGCUUAUGCACUUGCAAGCCAGUGGUUUGGUGUUUAUAUCACUCCUGAGUCACCAAAUGAUGAGUGGCUCUUGGAAGGGCUUGCCGGUUUCUUGGCAGAUUUUUAUAUUAAGAAGCAUUUGGGUAACAAUGAGGCGCGAUACCAGAGAUACAAGGCAAAUUGUGCUGUUUGCAAAGUUGAUAAUGGCGGAGCAACAGUUUUGAGCUGUUCAGCUUCUUGUAAGGAUUUAUAUGGAACACAGUGCAUUGGUUUGUACGGAAAAAUAAGAGCAUGGAAGUCUGUGGCAGUUGUUCAGAUGUUGGAAAAGCAAAUGGGUCCGGAAUCUUUCCGUAGAAUUUUGCAAACUAUAGUUACUCGGGCUCAAGAUAAAACACGUUCAGUGAAAACACUUAGUACUAAAGAGUUUCGACAUUUUGCUAACAAAGUUGGAAAUCUAGAACGUCCAUUUCUUAAAGAUUUCUUCCCACGUUGGGUCGGUUCUUGUGGAUGUCCUGAUUUAAGGAUGGGGUUUUCCUAUAACAAACGGAAGAAUAUUGUUGAAUUGGCUGUGUUGAGAGGAUGCACAUCAUUGCAGACUUCAAGUACAGCCGUUCUUGAUAUUAAUCCAGAUACUGAAAAUCGAGAUGGAGAUUCUGGAUAUCCUGGUAUGAUGAGUAUCAGGGUGUAUGAACUUGAUGGUAUGUAUGACCAUCCUAAUCUACCAAUGGCUGGAGAAGCAUGGCAGCUUUUGGAAAUUCAAUGUCACUCAAGACUUGCUGCUAGACGAUUUCAGAAAUCAAAGAAAGGUGUAAAACAUGAUGGCUCUGAUGACAACGGCGAUGUACCUUCAAUGGAUAUACGCUCCAGUACAGAGUCUCCUUUAUUAUGGAUCAGAGCAGAUCCUGACAUGGAGUACCUUGCUGAGGUUCAUUUUAAUCAACCGGUUCAGAUGUGGAUCAACCAAUUAGAGAAGGACAAAGAUGUUAUUGCUCAGUCACAAGCAAUUGCAGCCCUUGAGGCAUCACCCCAGAUAUCAUUUUCUGUUGUAAAUGCCCUGAACAGUUUUCUUACCGACUCCAAGGCUUUCUGGAGAGUAAGAAUCGAAGCAGCAUUUGCAUUGGCAAGUUCAGCAUCCGAGGAAACUGAUUUUUCUGGUCUACUCCAUUUGGUGAAAUUUUACAAGAGUCGAAGAUUUGAUCCUGACAUUGGACUCCCAAAGCCAAAUGAUUUUCAUGAUUUUGCCGAGUAUUUUGUUCUUGAGGCCAUUCCACACGCUGUAGCUACGAUUAGAGCUGCUGACAAGAAAAGUCCAAGAGAGGCUAUCGAAUUUGUUUUACAACUAUUGAAGUACAAUGACAACACUGGGAACCCUUACUCAGAUGUCUUCUGGCUUGCUGCAUUGGUCCAAUCAAUUGGCGAGUUUGAGUUUGGGCAACAGAGUAUUCUCCUAUUGUCAUCACUCCUCAAGCGCAUUGACCGGCUUUUACAAUUUGAUAGUCUCAUGCCAAGCUACAAUGGAAUCUUGACUGUCAGUUGUAUCCGGACAUUGGCCCAGAUUGCCCUAAAGCUUUCAGGAUUCAUUCCUCUUGAUCGCGUAUAUGAACUUGUAAAGCCUUUCCGAGAUCUAAAGACAAUUUGGCAAGUUCGAAUUGAAGCAAAUAGAGCACUCCUUGAUCUCGAAUUCCACUGCAAGGGCAUUGAUGCCGCACUUUUAUUAUUUACCAAAUAUGUUGAAGAGGAGCCUUCCUUAAGAGGCAAGUUAAAACUGGCCACCCAUGUUAUGAGGCUAUGCCAGAUGAGAGAUGGUUUGAAUUCAGAUGAUGAAAUUACAAGCCAAACUCUUGUCUCUUUGCUCAGUUUACUGGAAGGGCGUAUGGCAUUUAAUAACGUAUUUCUCCGUCACUACUUGUUCUGCAUAUUACAAAUACUGGCAAAAAGACCCCCAACUCUACAUGGAAUUCCCAGAGAAAGUAGAAUGUUGCAUAUGAGUCUUACAGAAGCUUCUAACUAUCAGAGGAACCUAUUUGUUCUUGAUUCCGAAAGUAAACCUUUGGAACUGCCAAGUUCCACCGAAAACCUUGCACGAGAUUUGAUCAUAACUGAGGAUUUAAGGGAUGCACCUGAUGAAGCUCCUAAGGUACAAACUUUUGAUUCUCCUAAGGACCAAACUUUUGAUGCUCCUAAGGACCAAACUUUUGAAGCUCCCAAAGAAGUACAUGUUGAAGCUCUGGAAGUGCCUCUUGAGAUUCCCAAAGAAGACUUAACAGGAUUUCCCCCUGAAGCACCAACUGAAGCUCCCAAUGAAAUUUCCAAGGAAGCCGAUACUGUAUCCAAUAGCCAUGAAAGAAAAAGGCUAAUCAAAAUCAAGGUUAGACAAUCUUCUGCCACCAGUAGGGCUGAUACUGAUAAUCAAAUGGUUGAACGAUCUUUAGGUGGUCGUGAAAUUGAUCACGGAGCUAGCAGUUCAGUUUCAGUAGAUGCACCUCAGAGAUUUGCCGAGACUAUUAGCAUUGGUAAUAACAAUAUUGAGGAAGUUAAUUCUUGGCAUGAUCCUGGUUCCCGCAUGACUGCAAGCAUUGGCAGUGUAAAAAUUUUGAGUGAUGGUGAUGAAUUGGUCAAAGAACUCCAAUGCACUGCUGAUUCAAGUGUAGUUUACUCACAACCUCAGCCAGAAGAUCCGUCACCGUCUAGUUUUAUUCAAGAUAACAAUAUAGAUGCUGAUGCACGUCGAUUUGCCAGCCUUCAAACACUUUCAGUUGGUAAAUUUGAUCAUGAUGGAGAAUCAUUUGGCAAAGAAGUUCCUGCUCGUGCGAAAGAUAAACACAAAAGUAAGGAUAAGAAACGGAAAAGUCACAAGGGACACCAUGAUGACCCGGAAUAUUUGGAGCGAAAACGAUUGAAGAAAGAGAAAAAACGCAAGGAAAAAGAAUUGGCAAAACUACAAAGUAUAGAAGCAAAGAAACCCUCCAUAGACUUGUCAUGUAAGAAAGAGGAACCUAAAGUGGACAAUGUGAAGCAGCAGCUGAAAUCUGUUGAACCCAGCGGUAAUAAUUCUAUAUCAGACAUUGGAAGGAUUGAUACCAAACCCAGUGGUAAUAAUUCUAUAUCAGACAUUGGAAAGAUUGAUACCAAACCCAGAGCAUCUGAAGGUACAUCUGGUGCGCCCAAAAUUCGUAUUAAAAUUAAAAAUCGAAUGCUCAGCAAAUCAUAAAGAAUAAAUGCAAGUUACAUUGCACUUUGUAUUAUCUGGGAUGUAGUUUUUCUUUUCAAUAUCCGGCAUAGUAUGAUAUUCUUUGAGCUUUAUUCCUUGGUAGUUUGUUAUUCUUGUUUUAGAGCUAUGUGAUUGCAAUUUCAAUCGUAUAGUAUUCAAAUUGUGUAACUGGAGCCUUGUCUUGAUUACCAUUGUAAAUUUGUAACUAUGCUUCAGUUGUAAAUUUAAAAUUUUGUUGUAUUGUUCUUUAAAACUGUAAUGUCAAAUCUAGCGGGUUCAAUAUAGGUAUUUCAUUGACUGCCAA